CCCUUAUUGUUGGUAACAGCAGCGGAAGUUCUGCUGCUAACCGCGCAAUACAAGCUUCUCUGUCUCGUAAAUGCAGUCAAUGGUUUACGUCAGGAAAAAGGAAAGCGAACUCAUCUUUUAAAAUACAGAGUUCACAUCACAUCCCUUAACAGCAUGCUGAUAAACCCCCAACAGGAGGCUCUGAUUGGCCAGGUGUUUGAAACCUAUCUGACAGAGCAUCACCAUGGGGACGUUCUCCGGCUUUUUGCAGACACCAAUGAGGAGACCCAUCACUCUGUUGUUAUCAAUGCCAUGACAUUGUUUGAAGCCAAUAUGGAGGUUGGGGACUAUUUCAAUGCCUAUCCCAACGAUGUCCUGGCUAUUUUUGAUAAAGUGUUACAAAAAACAGCUAUGGACUUAUCACAGAAUGGUUCACCCACACACUGUGGAGGACAAAGAGCAAAAGAGCGGAGAAUGAGGUGCACGCUUCAUGCUCGCAUCACAGGUCUACCAGUUUGUCCAGAACUGACCAGAGACACCAUUCCCAGGUCCAGAGAUGUAGGACACUUUCUGUCUGUCACUGGCACUGUGAUCCGCACCAGUGUUGCAAAGGUUCUCGAAUCUGAGCGUGAUUACAUGUGCUCCAAGUGUCGCCAUGUUUUCACUCUGCACGCUGAUUUUGAUCAGUUUUACGUCUUUGUUGCACCUGGAUCCUGCCCCAAUCCUGAGGGUUGUAAUUCAUACACAUUCAGUUGUCUGUCAGGAGGAUCCGAGCCUGGAGCCUGCAGGGACUAUCAGGAGAUCAAGAUUCAAGAACAAGUGCAGAGGCUGUCAGUGGGCAGUAUUCCUCGUUCUAUGGUGGUGGUCCUUGAGGAUGACCUGGUUGACAGUUGUAAAUCUGGAGACGAUGUGACUGUCUACGGUGUCAUGUGCCAGCGCUGGAAGCCGUUUUACGAUAGUUGUCGCUGUGAUGUGGAGUUGGUCCUCAAAGCUAACAACAUAGAAGUAAACAAUGAGCAGGCAGCUGCUGCUCUCCUCAUGAAGGAUGUUCAGCAGGAGUUUGAAGUCUUCUGGGAAAGUUACAAACACAAUCCCCUUGCUGGUCGGGAUCACAUGUUGUUGAGCCUGUGUCCACAGGUGUUUGGCAUGUAUGUGAUUAAACUAGCGGUGGCCAUGGUGCUGGCUGGGGGAGUACAGAGGAUAGAUUCUUCUGGAACCAAGAUCAGGGGUGAGUGUCAUAUGCUGCUGGUGGGCGACCCCGGCACAGGGAAGUCUCAGUUUCUGAAGUAUGCUGCUAAGAUCAUGCCUCGCUCUGUCCUCACUGCUGGAAUAGGAUCAACAAGUGCAGGACUGACGGUUGCUGCCGUGAAAGAUGGAGGUGACUGGCACUUGGAGGCAGGAGCACUUGUCCUGUCAGAUGGUGGCUUGUGCUGCAUUGAUGAAUUUAACAGUAUCAAGGAACACGACCGCAUCAGCAUCCAUGAGGCUAUGGAGCAACAGUCUAUUAGUGUGGCCAAAGCUGGCAUGGUUUGUAAGCUGAACACUCGGAGCACCAUCCUGGCAGCGACCAACCCUAAAGGCCAGUACGAUCCUAACGAGCCUCUGUCUGUGAACAUUGCUCUGGCAAGUCCUCUGCUGAGUCGCUUUGACCUGGUCCUGGUUUUGCUGGACACCAGGAAUGCAGAGUGGGACCGCAUCAUCUCCUCAUUUAUUUUGGAAGACCGAGGACCGCCCUCUAGCUCAUGCAGCCUGUGGCCCUUGGAGAAAAUGAAGGCUUAUUUCAGUGUGAUUAAACGACUGCAGCCGCAGGUGUCGGAGGAGGCCAACCACAUCCUGACACGCUACUACCAGCUCCAGAGACAAAGUAACGGCCGCAACGCUGCUCGCACCACCAUCCGCAUGCUUGAAAGUCUGAGCAGGCUGGCUGAAGCACAUGCCAGGCUCAUGUACAGAGAGACGGUGACGAUAGAGGAUGCCGUCAUGGCUGUGUCUGUCAUGGAGUGCUCCAUGCAGGGAGGUGCUCUGCUGGGAAAUGUGAAUGCUUUACUGACGUCAUUCCCUGCUGACCCUGGUACACAGUAUGAAGCUCAGUGUAAGGUGCUAUUAGAGGGACUGAACUUGCCACUGCUCCUACAGAAAGAGAUGCAGAGAAUUUCCAUGCUAAAGAGCAUCAUGUCACAGUCGCCCCAGUGUGAUCCACCACCUGAUGAUCACUGGGGUCAAUGCAGUGAUGUCACAGAGGAGUGUGGCUUGGAUUGGUUCCGCUCCAUCACUCCAUCGGUGUCACCUGACGUUUUGGCCUCACCAGUAAUCACAUCAACUCAGAACAUAAAGAAAACAACAAAUUCUAGUUGUUUGGAAACACCUGCAACAAUCAAACAGCCAAACUGUCAAAGUAACACAAGCCGAGCAUUAAAGUGCAGGGGAGCGGUUACUGCUGCCUCAGAGGAAGAAAUGAGAAAAAGUCAGAAAAAUGAAGGCGUGAAAGAAAAAAGCAGUUUCUUCCAAGACGAGGGACAGAAAGAUGACCAACGUUCAGAGUCGUCAGGGUUUGUGCUCCAGAAAGUCUCGAAGAAUCUGAGAGACAGAAGACUGCGGCAGCUGGAGCAGAAUAAGCAGCAGUGUAACAAGGACAAAGGAGGAGGACACACAGACAGGGCGGUGUCCACAGGUGGUGCAGAUACAAAAAAUACACCUCCACAUUCCCACAGGAGCAGCACACUGUCACCAGGUCAAAACAUUCCCUCAAAUAUCCGGGUCCAGGAUAACCAGUCAUCUGGCAAACGUAGACUAGAGAAAGAAGACGAGAGGAACCAAACGAAGACUACAAACAUGUGUGCUGUUCUGAAGGAAAAGAUGGAGGCUGAAUGUGACACAGGGAAAGACCUGCGGGCCAAGUUGUUAAACUUUACAUUCAAACCAAGGAAUUCAAUGCCUUUACUCCCCAGCCACAAGUUUAAUGCCGGUGCAGAUGUCAGUGCACACUUCCUAACUGAAAGUAAUUUAGGCAGCAGAGAUCUCCACGUCUCCACUGAAAGCAGCGAGAAUAAACCAACGAGUCAUGAUGUGUUAGCCAGUCCGUCAGCCAACACACAGGAAAAUCAGUCUGACGAGAGGUGCAGAAAAAAGCAUCUUAGCUGCGUCAGUGAGGUGGGAGAGAGUGGCUCAUCAGCAGUUAAAAAUGGAAGUCAAAUAAAGGGAAAUAGUAAUACAGAAAAUAUGACUCAGCAACAAAGAAUCAGCGACAGUACAGAGAUAGUAGAUGGCUUUACUGACACACCACCUUCAAAUCUGAGCACUCACAUCAACUGUCCAACACCGUUCCAACCGGGCGUCAAAAAGUCGACCAUAAACUCGUCAACACUGACUAAACUGGCACGGUUCUCAUUCACAUGCACAGCUAAAGCCACAGCUCAAACACGAGAGGAUAACCGUGCUGAAUCCUUUAGACCAAAUCAACCAAAAGUGAAUGAAACUCAAGAUAUCGCUGAACACAGUCCCACAAAAAAGAAGCUAAAAACGGCCUUCACCUCAAACAAAGUCAAAAGUGUGUUCGUGCAGUCAUCAAAGUCAUCUGUACAACAGCCACAGGGCUGUGAAAGCACCGUCAAUCUGAAGAAGAGGAAAUGCUUUGAGCUGGUUUCUUCAUCAGGUAGAGAUUGUGCAUUUUCUGGACUGUCUCUUUUUAGCUCUGCUGAAUUAAGUAAUGAUGUACUUGACACUGACUGGGACCAAGAGAUUUGAAAUGAUGUUAACACUGCGACACACACUCUCUCAAUGUAAUGUGAGUCUGAGGGAGUGGAUCAGUGCAUGUUUAUGGAUGAAGAACUCCACAAUAAUAAUGUGUGUGUUAGGAAAGAUGAAGCAGGUGAUGUGUUUAGCAACGUGAUGCAAAUAAAAGACAAUAUUAUAAUGAAUCUUUAAUAUAUUUUCUUUGUAAUCAUGGUUUCAGGAUAGUGUUUGAACUCAGAUGAGGAACCAAUAUAUUUAUUAAAUUGCCUCCAUGAAAUGAAACUAUGAUUAACGAUUAAAAAACAAGACAAAUCACCAGUGUUCUGUUACACUGCAGAAAAGUUUAAGCCCAACAUCUUAUUAAAUAUUACCUGUGAGUUCCUAUGAAAUACCUAUUGUGAGCACUGGGUGUCACUAGCAGCUGAAGCUGAACGUCCUGAAGGUCCUGAAGGUCCUGAAGGUCCAUGCCCUGAAUACUUUUCAUUAUUUCAGCCUGUUGAGUUAAAGGGGAUUCAAAUCAAUAUAUAAUGUCUGUGAUGAUAACUAAUGAUUCUGUGUCUGUGGUAAACUGGCUAAAGAGUUGAUUAGUUGUGGUUUUGAUUCUAGCCUUGGAUUAAAAUCUAUUUUUCUGUGUC